UUAGUCCUGAGCCCAGGGGGUGUCCUCUCCUUCCCUCAGGGACGAGUCCUAUGCACAUGGCCCUGUGUGCCUGAUGUCAGGGGCAGGGAAUGAGGCCCACAUUUCCCUGAGGGGAGGUCCAGGCAGCCCCGGGUGGCACCUCCCAAGCUACUAGGCACUAGCUUCUCGGAGCUCCACCCUGGGGAGCGUGGAGGAGCUGGUGGAUGGAUUCACCUCCUCCAUCUCCCUAGACCUGGGGCAGGCUGUCUACACCCAGGACCCCGUUCCAAACCUGGCAACCUGCCAGGGCCCUCCCAGGGCUUCCCCACGAGAGUGGUCGACAGUCCCACUCCAGAGGGCCUGGAACCUCAUUCCCUGGGGGCACCCCUUCCCUCUCCUUGAUCACACCCCAGAGGGCUGGGGACUCUCGGGUGAGUUGCAAACCUCCCUCGUCCUGGUGGUUCCCGGGUUUCCCGCUGACGAUAGGCCCCCUGCCCCCUUCAGCAUGAAGAGGAGUCAACUCUCCGUGGAAAUAAGAAAUGGAGAAUGAGGACAGCACGAGAGACCCCUGUGCUGGAGCUACAGCCGGUGUCACCUGCUUCAGCCCUGGGGCCCGGAGCACCUGCUGGAAUGGCACCGGGCCUGGCAGAGCCAGCGCCAGGUCCAGAGCCCACCAGCCCCUGUGCGGCGAGCAUCUGGGACAUACCGGGAGUGGUCUCGGGCCCCGAGGUGGAGCCCCAUGAGCCUUCAGAACCCAGCAGGCCUUCCCCCAGCCCUGGGAUGAGACCGGCUAGGCGCCAUGCCUGGGAGCCCGAUGAUGUGACCAGCAUCCUCCAUGGCAGCCAGCUUUCAUCCAUCCCAGAGGGCCAAGCCCUCCACCACUUGGUCGAGAAGAAGCACCUGGGGCCCACUGUGGCAGAGCUGGAAGAACCACGGCAGACGCAGCUGGCUCCAGAGACACAGGGAGGGCCGGCUUCAUGGCUAGAGCCAGUUCAGGAGCUCCCUGAGACCCCUGUGCUGGAGCUACGGCCGGUGUCACCUGCUUCAGCCCCUGCAGAGCCAGAGGACAUCCCAGCAGCGCCCUCAGCCCCAACGCUGAGCCCUGAGCUUGAGCCCCAUGAGCCCUCGGGCACGGGGCCCAGGGCACCUGCUGGAAUGGCACCGGGCCUGGCAAAGCCAGAGCCAGCUCCAGAGUCCAUCCUCCCGGCAUUCCCCCCCCGUCUGGUGGCCGAGCAGCUGACUCUGAUGUAUGCAGAACUGUUCACCAAGGUGGCAGUGGCCGACCGCAAGACCCGCUGCAGGAGCCAGUCAUACAACGGAAACGUUGAGCACCUGGCCCCCGCCGUCAAUAAGAUCAUAAAAGAAUUCAAUGACGUAGCCAACGUGGUCAUCUGCUCCUGCCUCAGGGCCCCAGGCAUGACGGCGCGGGACAGGGCCCGAGUGGUAGAGUUCUGGAUCCAGGUGGCCAAGGAGUGUCUGGACCUCGAGAAUUUUGCGUCCCUCCACGCCAUUCUCUUGGCCCUGCAGAGCCCUGCCAUCAGUCGUCUGCAAUGCACCUGGGGACGUGUUUCCUGGAAGAGCUCCAGGAUACACAAAAGGCUUAUCAAAGAGAAGUGGCUCAACCAGAAGUGGCUCCUCAAGGAGGCGACCUCCAUGGUGACGCAACAGCAUCGUUUCCUCCAGGGAUCCGAGGAUAGGCAGGAGGAAAGUACCAUCAUACGUGAGAGGCUCAUAGACAAGUACGUGGCCAUGACGCGUCACCUAGAACCCGAGGAGCACUUCAGAGCCUUCUUCCAGGCUGUGGAGCCCCUGGAUGAGGAAGAGAGCUACACCCUGUCCUGCCAGCUGGAGCCCCCAGGCCAGAGGGCCGGAAGAAAGGGACUCUUGUUCUUCAGGUCCCGCAACAUUUAAACUUAGUGGCCAGAGCCAGCUGCUGUCAUCGGGCCCACGACCCAGCUGGUACCCUGGCUGCGUGCGGAGGAGAGCUUCCCCUUUGGACAGGAGGCACCCGGCGCCCCAGGACCCUGGUCUGCUUGCUGCUCCUCUUCCUCCCAGUGCUCAUCCUGAG